AUGUCGAGGCGCGCCCCAAGAGGAGAAUACAUCGAGACAGACACCGGCAACAAGGUAGCCCGUAAAGCUACUUUGGUCGGCACCCAGAACAUCAUGCUCGGCGGCAAGACCGUGAUCCAGCAGGAGGUCAUGAUCCGCGGCGACCUCGCACGAACCGCCAGCAGCUCCAGCGGAGGUGCCCCGGCAAACAACACGGCCGUCGCAAUCGGCAGGUACUGCUUCCUCAGCAGAGGUAGCUGUCUGCGGCCCCCAGGACGGAUGUACAAGGGGUAUGCCUCGUCCCUGCCUCUCACCACAGCUGUGUGGACCGAGACUGACCAGCGAGCCUCGCACCGCAGUAUCUUCACCUACAUGCCCCUCCGCAUGGGCGACCACGUCUUCGUCGGGCAGAACACCGUCGUCCAGGCGGCCAGCGUCGGCUCCCACAUAUACAUAGGGAACAACGCGGUCGUCGGCGAGUUCGCCAUUAUAAAGGACUACGUGCGCAUCCUCGACGGCUCCGUGGUCCCGCCCAACAUGGUCAUCCCGAGCUUCAGCAUCGUCGCCGGCCAGCCGGCCAGGGUCAUCGGCGAGAUCCCCGAGGGCGGCCAGGAGCAGUUCGAGCUCAGGGAGCUCUAUAAGACCGUCGGGAACAAUCCACAGCCGCUGCCUGCUUGA